AAUACUAAACAGUUACAAUACAUAUUAAUACCUGAAAUAAAUUUAACAAUCUGUGAAAUGAAUCUGUUAUUCGACAUUAGGUCUAUUAAUAUUCAAUACGUAUUUUAUUUUUAAUUUAUGUUAACAAAGUUAUUUUAUAGCAAUAUUUUAAAUGAUGAAUUAGGAUUUUUCAUUCUCCUUCAUAAUUAUCAUUACAAAGUUCGCACAGGAAAUAAUUUGUAAGGUAUAAAUAAAUCAUUACGAAUAAGUGAAGUGUCGUUAAAAUAUUAAUUAGAAACUUACCACAAAAUAAGAAGAAUUUCUGAUGAUAUUAACAACUCCUUAAGUCAAAUGGUUAUGGCGACGGAUGUCUUAAACGCAGAGCAACAAAUCCGGCAUGAGGAACCAGAGGUGUACAGUGAGAUUGGGGAAGCAACGGCUCUGCAUGAGCAACUUGUAAGGCAUGUACUUGCAGUCAGUGGAGAGCUGGAGUCGCGGUCGGGCGUGUGGGGCGAACACUCGUACGCCCGAGCCCACGGCCACGCGACCAACUCGCAAGUCCGAGCUCUCCUGCCCGAGCCGGAGCUCGACCCCGAGCCCGACGACGUCAUCGACGUGCUGACGGAGCAGCGGCGACCGCCCGCACUCCCGCUCGACGACUGCGAGGACGAGCUCGACGACGAGGCCGACGACGACGGCGCGGACGACGACUGGGAGGAGCGACUCGGAGCCCUGGCGCCGAGCGCGGCGCACGCGCGGCUCGCGCACACGGCGCUGAGCGCGCUGCGCGACCUGCGCCUCGAGCGCCUGGCCGGCGCGCGCGGGCGCUGGGCGCGGCGCGAGGGCGCGCGGGCGGCGGCGCGGCGCCUGCGGGCGGCGCUGGCCGCGCACUGGGCGGGCGGCGCGGGCUGGCUGCACGCCGCGCUCGUGGCGUGCCUGCCGCGCUCGCUGGCCGCGCUGUACGCCGAGCUGGCCACGGAGCUGCGGCGCGCCCUGCCGCGCCUGGCGGACCGCCUGCCGCUGCCGCGCCCCGCAGCGCCCUACGUGGAGCCGCUCUCGGCCGUCAGCGAGCGGCGACCGGCGAGCGAGCCGGGACCGUGGCUCGCCUGGGCGCCGGGAGGCUGCGAGGCCGAGGACGAGCGUUGGAUUCGCCGUCUCGGGGCGUCACUACACGCGCGCCGGCUGCGCACCGGCCCCGACGCCGGGCCCGCCCCACCCGACCGCUGGUGCGCGGCCGUGGCUCACGACGCGCGCUCCGCUCUAACCGAUCUGCUGACAGAGGCCGGACGUCGCGCGGUGAUCCUCGGCGGGGCGGGGGCGGGGGCGUCGCUGGCGGCGUGGCUGGCGGCGAGCGCGGGCGCGGCGGCGCGCGUGCGCGGCCUGCUGCUGCUGGCGCCGCCGCUGCUCACGGCGGAGGGCCCGCGCGACUGCCCCGACGACGUCCUCGAGGAGGUGGAGGUGCCGCUGCUGGCGGUGGUGGGCGGCGGCGCGGCGCAGUGCUGGCGCGGCGCGGCGGCCGAGGUGGCGAGUCGCUUCGGGGCGGCGGAGCGCGGCGCGUCGCCCGCCCGCCGCGUGCUGCUGCUGGCGGGCGCGGACGACGCGCUGCGCCUGCCGCGCGCCCACCGCCGGCGACUGCGCCUCCCGCAGCAGGCGCUGGAUGCCGCCGUAGCCGAGGAGUGCACGCGCUGGGCGGCGGAGGUGGCGGCGGGGGGGCUGCGCGCGCGUCGCCGGCCAGUGGAGGGAGAGGAGGCGCGCGCUUCGAGCGGAGCAUCCCGAUCUGUGGACGUAAUUGAGGGUCGCGUCGUGUCACGCGUCUCCGGCGGCUCGCCGCUAGCGCUGAUGCCGCCGCGGCGCGUCGAGUCUCGACCAGAGCCGCGCCCCGAGCGACGAGACGACGCGCUCGCCGUCGCCGACAUCAUGCAGCUGCCCAUCGUGUUCGCCGACGACGACCCUUCCGCCGCUCGCCCACUCGCCGACGCGAGCCUCGCCCCGGACGCCCCCAGCCCGCUCACCGUGACCAGCGGCGCCCCGCAGCGCGACGAGCGCGCGCGGCGCCGGCGCGGCGCGGGCGGCGGCGCGCUGCGCUACACGCGCGUCAUCGUCGCCAAGCGCGGCCGCGCCCGCCCCGCGCGCCCGCCCGCGCGCCCCCCCGCGCGCCCCCCCGCGCGCCCCCCCGCGCGCCCCGUGCUGCUGCGGCGCCGCGCGCCCCCCGCGCCCGCCGCGUGCCCCGACCCCGACGACCGACUAUGGGAAAAUUACAGUCCUGUGAAGCGGGGUAACGGAGAUGAUAAAAUUAUACAAGCUUCUUGCAAUGACGACCGACGUGCGGAUGAAUCGGCUUGGAGAAAUUUUGCGUUUGUAGUAGCGAAUUUAUGGGAUGAAAGCGAGGAUGAAGAUGACUGA